GCAUCUCAAAGACUCCUCCUCUCAGUUUUAUGUCAACACGUCAACAUGUGGGAUGGAAAUUAGUAAAGUAGCUCUAUUUACAGGCCCAAAGGGAAACUGUGACUUCUCUGCUGAUCUGAAAACAUAGCGGGAGUUUUGGAGGAAGUCAGAAGUCACAGCGGUGUGACAGACACCGUGGAAACUGAUCUUCAUUAACAGCGGAUUGAUGACCCUUUAUGAUGUAGUCAAAGAAAACACUAUUGUCUCACCUGUCCUGCUCUUGGAAGAUGGCCACUGCAGCGCAUGACCCCCACCUGGGCUCCGGCACAGAUGAGGACGAUGAGUCUCUGUUGGGGAGCGAGUCUGAUUCAGACAGCAUCCUCUCUGACGACUCGGUGCUCCCAGACUACACGCCGGAGAGGACAGACAGCCGUGGGGAGCCGACACUUUAUCGAGCAUGCGCCCGCAACGAACCCUUUGCUCUGAGAAGAAUUCUGGAGAGGGGGGUCACAAAAGAGGAGGCCACAGAGCUGGACAUCAAUGGCUGGAAUGGCUUGAUGUUGGCUUGCUGCAAAGGUUUCAUUGACAUUGUGCAUGGACUCUACACCUGUCCCUAUAUAGACAUAAAUCAGCAGGACAACGAAGGUAACACUGCUCUGAUGAUCGCAUCCCAAGCAGGUCAUAUCAACACAGUCAUGUUUCUUCUCAACUACUAUUCGGGCAUAGACACUGAAGUAAGGGAUUGUCGAGGUUUCACAGCACUCAUCAAAGCGGCUAUGACUGGCCGCUCUGACGUAGUGGCUGCCCUUGUCAUGGCUGGCGCUGACAUAAAUGCAGUAGACUCCACAAAAGGAAAAGGCGCUCGGGACUGGGCACUGAAAACAGGGCGCUAUGAGACCCUGCAACGUAUCCGUCGCCUUACUAGGCGACCAAAAGCCGAGCAGUUCUGUGAAAGGUAUAUCCCUGAGUGGCCUGAGCUCAACGAGAGGGUAGCUAAGGCCAAAGCUGAAAAAAGUACCAGGGAAAAAAUCUCCCAGCGGAUCAAAAACACAUUCGGAUUCAGAAUACCUCGUGACCCCGAGGACAACGGGGCCUUGGACCACAUGGUGAUCAUGACCACCUGUGUCCACAGUCCACUCAUUUCAACUGGAUGCCGUCCACUCUGCCCUACUAGCCCUCCUGAGCUGGGGAAGAGACGCCUAGCUGUGCCAGAGCUGGUGAAGAAACACCCAGAGAAGGAAUUAGAAGAGAGAUCAGUGUGCCACAGCAACGGCUCUGUAUCGCACAUCAUUCCCACAAUCCAGUCUGCAGAGUCAUCCUCAUUGACGUGCUGUGCUGAGGCCGAUCGGCGGAGCAGCCUGCUCGCUUCCAAAGUCAAUACUACAUUUAUUCCCCGCAGUAUGGCAAGAAAAAACAGCGUGUUCCCAUCUGGCUGCAUCCCAAAGAUUGACAUCGUCAGGCCUUCAAAUGCAACACCAAAGAAAGAAAAGAAGAAAAAGAAGAAAGAAAAGGGUUUCCUAGAACCUCCCAAGUGGAGAUACAAGGAGAUCAAGGAUGAGAAAAAGAAGGAGAAGAAGAAAGCUGAAAAAGAGAAGGUAGAGAAAGAGAAAAAUAAAGAGAAAGACAGGAAGGGAACAAAAUAAGAAUUUCAAAUAAGAGCUGGUCCCAUUUUAGAACAAUAUUUCAAGGGCUUUUGUCUUUUUUAGUUUAGCUGAAGAUAAACAGGACAGAGAGAGAUGGGAAGACAUACAGCAAAGGGCCAUGGGAUUCAAACCCGGGCCACUGCUGAUAGGACUCAUCAACCCAACACUAUGUAAAUAUGUAAUGUAAUAAUAAGUGUUUAUCUCAGGGAAUGAGAUUUUCAAACCACAUGUGUUUGAAAAUACUCAAAAAUAUAUGACCUAUAAACCAAAGGGGCGAUAAAAAGAGGAGACCUUUUCUUUUAUGACUGAAUGACCUCAAAAAAGCACUAUUGAGACUCUUUGGGAGGUCUUAGAAGCUUUUAGACUAAUGUUUAAGAUAAAUAUUACACAUUUUUUUAUAGUAAGGAUAGAAAAGGUGAGCCAUGAAUAAUCCAUAAGGAAUAAAAAUAAGUUUUUUUAUGUUCACAAUGUAAUUAAAUAUUUAUUUUAUUUGCGCAUUUGUGAUGUCUACCUCAUCAUGUAAAAUACAGGCAGAAGAUCACAUACUGUAUGUACACCCGGAUAUCCAUACCCAUGUAAGAUGUACAUAAAGAAAUGUGCUAUAGUUCACUUGUUCUUUAAGCUGAGUUGUUGUAUGUGUCUUUUUUAAAUAGCUAGACUAAAACAAAUUGUAAAUAAUGUACAGUGUUGUAGCAAACACCGUACAUUGCACAAUGGAGGUUUUGUUUAACGUGUUAUAGCCACUUUUUUGAUAUUGCC